AUGCCUGCUGCUGCUUCUAAUGGUCUUGCCCGUGGUGUUUAUAACACCUUCUUCAAGAAGAACUCUGCUUAUGUUACCACCAUCUUCGCUUCUGCCAUUGCUUUUGAAGUUGUUUUCGAUUCUGCUAGCUCUCGAAUUUGGGAUAAUAUCAACAAGGGUAAACAAUGGAAGGAUAUCAAGCACAAGUACGAACAAUGA